AUGCGUCGGCCUACGAAAUAUUACAGUCUUACCCGGCCGAAACUCAGGCAAUCAUGGAACAAGUACAACCUGUUUAAUAUCGCUCGUGCGGCCGGCCGCGAGCCACCAGUCAAGGGCCGAGCGACCUUCUUCCAGCAGAAAUGGGCGGCCAAGUCGAAAACCCGAGGAUACCACGGCGAGCACGUUUCCGAGAAGAAGUGGGUGCGGUUAUUCUCACGACGUCUUAUGUCCGCUGUUGAUCUUCCCCCCGAGUACCUUGCCGCCAACGAUGGCGCAGAGCAAGCCGCUGGUCGUGGUUCAGGCUUGGCCACAACCAAUGUGACCGCCGAGUCCUACUCCAAAGUUCCCCAGGGCAGCUCAUCCGUACGACCUCCCUCUCAUCCCGCUCAACGAAGCCGAGGUUUCGGUGAUGUGAACGAGAUGCUGUCGGAGCAUUUCCAGAACAUGACGCCAUACAUGCAGAUGACCUUUGCACCUCUCGAGCGAAGGCUUGAUACGGCUGUUUUCCGAGCCAUGUUUGCCAGCAGUGUACGACAAGCUCGUCAGUUUAUCAUUCACGGAGCUGUUAAGGUCAAUGGCAAGAAGAUGGUCCACCCUUCGUACGCUUUGAACCCUGGCGACAUGUUCCAAGUUGAGGUCGAGAAGGUUUUGUACGGCACUGGAGAGCAAAAGAAGCCCGACGCGAUAACGCAGCAAGGCCACGAGAAGCAGACACUUGACCAACAAGAAGAGGCGGUUAGAAAACAAGGUAUCAAGAAGCGAUCAAAGAUUCUUGACGCUGUCGCUGCCAAGGAGGGAGAAAACGCGGAAUCUGAGGACAGCACACCUGGAAAGAGCGCACGCAGACGUGCUGAACGUGAAGUGCAGCUUCUCCGGGUCAGGAAUCUCCGAACCACAGCUCGAGAGAUCUUGAAGGGUGAUAUGAAGAACCUCUCUGCUAAGCAGAAGAAAGAACUGCGAUUGUUCCGCGACACUGCUCAACGCUUGUUAUCUCUGCGUGAUGAUCGCGAGCUUGACGCACGGGAACUCCUCCUUCAAAUUCAGGCUCAAAUUGGGAAGCUUGAAUCUGUGGAUGCCUUCCGAAAGGCUGAUUCGGCGACGGAUAAGGCACCAGCCAAGAAGUCAGCUAAAAAGUCAAGCGAGUCAUCCGCUAAAGCAUCAACUGAAGCUUCGGUUGAGAUAACGGCUGAGCAAUCCGGCGAUAAGAAAGAGGAUAAGCUAGUAAAGAGAUCGGAAUUCAAGAACAAGGUUCUUGAGAAGGGUCUGGAAGGUAUCGCAAGCAAGGAAGAUCGCGAUCGAGCUAUGAACAUCCUGGCGACCGAGAACUUGACCAACGAAGAGAUCCGCCGUCUAGUUUACAUCCUCAAGAGCGACGCCGAAAACCCCAUCGACCAUUCAAAGCCCUACGUUACCCCAUGGCGCCCUCGCCCCUUUAUGUCGGCGUUUGCUUUCAUUCCCCGCUACCUCGAGGUCAACCCCAACAUCUGCGCAGCAGUCUACCUCCGUCACCCCGUGGCGAGGAAGGGAAUGGCCGAGGUUCCUACGCCUUUCAGCUACCUGACCAACCAGCUGGCCCACAACUGGUACCUGGGACGAGGUUAG